AGAAGAAGAAGGGGAGCAGAUGAACCCGGAGACAGGGAUGUCCAGAAUCAUGUCCCCGGCUCUUUCUUGCUCCAUAACCGUAACAUGAUACCCGCUGCUCCCGGAGCGCUUGCCCGAAGGAUGCCGACCGCGGCCAGGCGGAGCGGCUGCUGGAUAGCCUGGUGCCAGGCGGUGCUGCUCGGUGUGUCGGCGCUGGUUAUCAUAGCCGAGCGGAGCGCACUGAUCUACUGUAUUGGAUUCUACCUUUGGAAUGAGGAGACUCAAUGGGCGGGCCUCACACUCGGCCUCUUCCUUCCUGGGACUGCUGUUCAGCUGCUAAGUGUGAAGUGGUACUAUGAUGAUGGGGAUGAACGGCGGUGCUAUCUCUCUGUUAUACACAUANGAAGGUUGUCCCUAUUCAGGUGUUUGUCUCUAACUCCCUCUCCUGGCAGGUUAUGGGACUGCAUGAGGUCUGUGCUGCGCAUGCAGGGCUCAGUUGCUGAACUCGGUGCUGCUGUCAUGCAGCAGGCAGAUGUUGCUGCUCUUUGGCUGCUGGAAGCACUUGUCCUUACACUGCCUCAGAGCCUGCUGCAGGCAUAUGUCGUUGUGUCUACAGAUGUGGGGAUAAUGUCACCAGUGGCAUAUUGCUGUGGCUUAUGCGUGCUGUCCAUUUCCUGGGCCCUGGUUUUGUACAGUCGAGCCUGCUGCCUGAUAAGACCAGGCCAUUUGGCUAUGCCUCCAGCAGCCCUGCUGUGCCAGCUGGUCUGGAGAGCAGGCAUGUUGGGUGCCAGAGUGACCUGCCUCAUGUUUUUUGCCAGGGUAUUCAACUGGUGGGUCUGUGGGGUAGCAGGUUUUCACUGGCUCACAGCCUCCUUCUGGCUAGUAUCACAGCAACCGGACAUUUGCACUGGCCACUGGUGUUGGCGUGCCUUUAAUGGCGUUGUGGGCCUCAUCCAUGUCUUCCUCUUCCUCAACGUCAAAGACGGACCCUCCCGCUUUCGCAUGGCUAGCUUCUAUGCAUUCAUGCUUGUAGAGAAUGUCACUCUGCUGCUGGCCGCCUCCGACUUCCUGAGCGAAGCAUCGUGGGAUAGCAUGACCCUCCCCACCUCUGUGCUGUUCAGCUUUUUUCUUGGAGCCACUUCUUUGCUUCUUUACUACCGGUUCCUCCAUCCCAAGUCCACAGAGAUCUGCCAAGGUACAAACCGACACCAGAUGGGCAGCACAUGCAUAGAACAAGGCGAGUCGUCUUUCUCUCUUGGAGACAAAAGUCUGCCAGCAUCUUCUGUCCAGAAUCACGGCAGUUUCUCCCUGUCUGGGGUGGCAGGGUCUCUCCUGGAGCACCCAGGAAACUGUCAAGGCCACAGCUCCUGCCCUUGCUUCCACCACCACUGGCUCUUGAUCCGCCUAGCAUUAAAGACAGGAGAUCUAUGUAAAAUCAACAGGGCAUAUGGUGCUGGUGGACCAGCGGCAAUUCUAGACAUGGAGGAGUAUAACCAAGAGUUUAAAAGUAAUGAGGGCAUCACCUUUACAGCUGGAGGCAGUUGUGAGGGCGUGUCCACCUCUGAGUCCCAGGGAAAAGGCCUUGCACCGCUCUCAGACUGCAAAGAUGAGUUCCAGAGCUUGAGCGAGCCCACAUCGACUGAACAACCUGAGGAAGAGGAUGACAGUCUGGAAAUGGAGAGCCCCAUGGAGUCACCUGAGUCAGAUUUCAAGCGCAGCUCCCCAGAGGGUAAGUCUGUUUUUGGAGACAGCCCGGAGCCUUACUACUGCCCCACAGAAUCAAGCUCCACCUUAUACUUCAGUGCCGACCCCCAAUCCCCCAGCAGCGCUAGUAACCCCCGUUUGGACCGGGACAUUGGGAGUCUGGAACAGGGGGUCCGCCUUAGCUCCAUCCCCAGCGAUCCGGCCCUGCACAGAGAUGUGCGGGGACUCAUGGGCCGCGUCGGACCACGCUGCACUUCCACUCCUAAACUGGACUGUGGGGUGUCGGAUUCUCCUCCCAGCGUGCCCCAUCUCACAGGUCCAAGAAGGCAGCUCAUAUUGUCCCGAAGAGAUGAAGAGAAUACCUUCUAGCUGUAUUGAGGUGCAAUCAGGGAACAACUUAACAACAGCAGCUUAUCCGACAUUAAUGGAGCACACCAGCUUUAUUAUUUUUCGGUGUUGUAGGAGGAAAGCUGUUAUUUCACAUCUUUAUCAGAUUAUCGGAUAUAUACAACACUACAUGUAAUUAGGAAAAAUAUAAAUAGCAUCUAUUUUUCUUAUAACAUGAAACAUUCUUAAUGUUUGCUAUCAAAUGUUGGAAAGACUGAAACUAUCUUAAAGUGAAACUCACCAUAAUGUAAAGGCAUAACCCCGACCCCAGACAAAUUUUGAAAAAGAGAAUCUGAGUGGCAGGGCUAAGUGUGGAAAUGAGUGCUGGGGCGUAACAUAGACAGUGAGCAGAUUAAUGCUGGGAGAUAUGGCACAGAUGGAUGUGAGGCAGUGGACCAGAGUCUUAUCACUUUGAGCUGAUUGCUUUAAGGCAGAGUCCUGCAUGGGUCUGAUUUUUCAAAAUUGUAUCCACCUGCACCUGUAGAGUUCAGAACUGAGACCUGACCCAUUACUAGUGUUGGCGGUUGCCAUUUUUUGCCCCCGAAACCGAUACCCGAUACCUGGCUGUUCAGUAUUGGCUGAUACCCAUACCAUACUGAUACCAUCUGUGUGAAAUUUAUGUGUGUGUGUAUAUUUGAAGAACUGCAUACUAUUUUGAUGUAA